AUGUCACAGGAAGAUUACGAGACCUAUAAGCUUGGGGACUGGGAGCUGCAGUCUGGGGAGAAGAUCGCCAACGCGCAUAUCGCAUACAAGACGUUCGGUGACCCAAAAUCGCCAGCUAUCUUGUAUCCUUCCUGGUUUUCGGGCGCUAUUUCGGAUAACUUCUGGCUCCUUGGAGAAGAUAAGACACUCAAUCCCAAAGAAUAUUUCAUCAUCAUCACUGCUCUAUUUGGUAAUGGGCAGUCGUCAUCUCCUUCGAACCAACCUACUCCCGGACCCUUCCCCAAGGUCUCGUUCUACGACAACGUGCGGGCUCAGCAUGAGCUCGUUACCAAGCAAUUAGGCAUCACCCACCUGCGUGCGGUGAUCGGCUGGUCAAUGGGAGGUGGCCAGACCUUCCAAUGGGCCACUCAGUACCCAGACUUUAUGGAUCUGGCUAUCCCAUUCUGUGGAGCUGCCAAGACCUCCCUGCAUAAUCAAGUCUUCCUCGAGGGAGUCAAAAGCGCCCUGAUUGCAGUCAAGAACAUGCGAUCGGCUGGUCUUGGCAAGAUUGGAAUAAAUGAGAAGGGGGAAGAGGCUCGCACUUGGACUAACGGCGAUAAAGAAGUCGGUUUAAAGGCCCUGGGUAGGGUUUAUGCUGGUUGGGGUUUCAGUCAAGCUUUCUACCGGCACAAGCUGUAUGAGUCCGCGCUUGGAUAUCAAGACCUCGAAGACUUCAUGCAAAAUUUCUGGGAGAAAUGGGCAUGUUCCAAAGACCCCGAGAACCUGCUGGUCAUGAUCCAAACCUGGCAGACUGGUGAUGUCUCCCUGCAAGAGCCAUACAAUGGCGAUUUCGAGAAAGCGAUGGCCUCCAUCAAGGCCAAGACGCUUGUGCUACCUGCAAAGACGGAUCUUUACUUCCCACCGGAGGACUCAGAGUACGAGGUUGCAUGCAUGAAGCCGGGAAUAGGUAAAUUGGAAGUUUUCCCUUCCAUUUGGGGACACUGGGCAGGAGGCCCCGGCGAUAGCAAGGAGGAUGUCGCAUGGCUAGAUAAACAGUUGUCUACUUUUUUCGCGGAAGAGUAG